AUGGAUCCGAAUGAAAAUAAUUUCGGAUCAAAAAUGAAUGAAAGUGAAAUGAUUGAUACUGGCGCUGAUGUUGCUCACUCAGAGUCUAUUGAAAAGAUGGAAAAUUUUGAUUAUGGUGCUUCAAAUGUUGCUAGAUUUUUGCAGCAGAUUAUUCAAAUUGAAAAUGAACGCAUUUUGGUUCUGAGAGAAGAUUUUGUUACCUCUCAACAAUUAACGGCUGAAAAUGAAUUGAAAAAUGUAAAACUCAACUAUAUAGCGGAACUGGCAGCUUUUGGUGAUAAAAUCAACUCGGAUGGUCAAGUGUUGAAAAGAAAAAAAGAAUUAGAAAGUGAACUAUUGGAGUCCAUCAAUAAAAUCAUAUCUGGAUGUAAAGCUCACCUAGAAGUUUGUAAAGACAUAAAACCUUUGAUGAUUACUGUCAGUGCGACCUUGUCUGGGAAUGAAAAAGCUGGAAUGGAUGAAGAUCGAGAAAGUGCAACGGUUUUCGCUGCUUUAGCCAACCAGAGUAUUAAUGGCUAUGGAUAUUCCAAUAAGGUGAAAAAAGUUGAUGCGAGCAACAAGAGAAGUGCUUCUGAUAUUUUAAACGAUUGUUUGAAAGUUUUCAAGUUUCUAAAGGAAAUGGGUCCAUUUGAUCCACACAGUGAUGAAAUAAUUUCAGUGCGAAAAUCACUUGUAGAGUUAAAUGGAAAGUUCGACGAGACAAGAGUAAAAAGUGAUAUAAAAGAUCGUGAAAUUGAAGCAGUGAACAAAGAAUUGGCGGUUCAAGAUGAAAAGAUGAAAGAAAAAAAACAACAAAUAGCUGAAGCAAAGUUGAAAGCCAAAGAAGCUGACGAAGUCACCCAGGAGAAAUUGGCUGCCAUGAUUUGUUCAAAUACAGAAAAACAGAGACAAUAUGUUGCCAUGGGAAACAGAAUUGAAUCCAUGAAGGAGAAAAUAAAAGAGAUACCAGAGCUCGAACAAAAACUUUCUACUAUUCAAGAGAAAGUCGCCAAGAAAAGUGCAGCUCUAAUUUCCAUGAGAUCUCAAACUGAAGAAAAUAAAACAAAAAUAAGGGAGAAGACCGAAAAUAUUGAAAGUUUAAAAAAGAAAACAGAGACCAUGGACAAGGAAUAUGGUGAAAAAAUUCAAACUUUACAAAGUAAAGCCAACAAUAAGGAAAUUGAACUUAGAAGUGCCCAAGCCAGAGCCCGAGUAUCAAUGCAAGAUGGUGACAAAGUCAGAGAAGAAUUCGAACAAAAUCAGAAACGAAUAAAGUCAAUCGAAGAUGAAUUCAGAGCAGCCAAAGAAGCUGCUCGCCGACGUAAAGCUGAGAAAAAGAAGAAACUAAAAGAGAAACGAAUGGUCAAGACACAACUUUCAGGAGAACUAAUGAUGUUCAAACUAUCGAGAGGAAUAAAAGUCUAA